AUGAGCACAGUAUCUGAGCCUUUGGUCGGCAGCAGCAGGUCUCUGUCUGCAGCCAAAAGACACAAAAGUAUCAGGAAGAACUCCAGAAGGAUUUAUUCAGCCUACCAGGACCACCAGCAGGGCUCCUCAGAUGAUGAAGAUAAAGAGGAUGAGCGCGUGGACAGUAAUGACCCAGAGGAGAUGUUCCAGAACAUUCAGUACCAGAAAGAGAUCAUCGCCAACAUUCGGACCAGACCCUGGCCCAUGAGACGCAAGCUCAAAGUCCUAAAGUACCCCCACCGAUCCCAAGUUCCCUUAAAGGUCCAGGGUAGGUUACAGUGAGUCAGAAGUUUCUCAGUGCUGUCUGUCUUCCUACAGCUGCUGAAGAAACUUUCCCGUGUGCUUUACAACAUUGUGGUUCUGUUCAUUCCCUGGGAAGUGAGGAUCAAGAAAAUCGAAAGUCACUUUGGGUCUGGUGUGGCAUCCUACUUUAUCUUCCUCCGCUGGUUAUUUGGGAUCAACAUCGUCCUGACCAUCAUGACCGGAGCCUUCAUCGUCCUACCAGAACUGCUGGCCGGAGCUCCGUUUGGAACGACGAGGAGUAAAACUAUCCCCAAGGAGCAUCUGGCUUCAGCCCAGGACCUGGACACCAUCUGGUCUCUCGGGGGCUACCUGCAGUACUCUGUGUUAUUCUAUGGUUAUUAUGGCAGGGUGAGGAAAAUUGGCAGUGCAGGGUACCGGUUGCCCCUCGCCUACUUCCUGGUUGGGAUGGCUGUCUUUGCCUACAGUUUCAUCAUUCUGUUAAGAAAAAUGGCCAAGAACUCUCGUCUGAGCCUGGCCAGUGCCUCUGAUGAGAACUUCACCUUCUGCUGGAGGGUUUUCUGUGCCUGGGAUUACCUGAUAGGAAACCCAGAGGCUGCAGAGAGCAAAGGAGCUGCCAUCGUCAACAACAUCAGGGAAGCCAUUGUGGAGGAGCAGGAAAAGAAGAAGGAUACCAGUCUAGCUGUUCUGAUCAGUCUGCGCAUCUUGGCCAACAUCCUGGUGCUGCUGUCUCUGGCUGGCAGCAUCUACAUCAUCUACUUUGUGGUGGACCGCUCUCAGAAACUUGAGCAGGAGAAGCCGGAGCUAACGCUGUGGGAGAAGAAUGAGGUGAGUGUGGUGGUGUCUCUCAUCACUAUGAUUGCUCCGUCUGCCUUUGAGCUGGUGGCUCAGCUCGAGAUGUACCACCCACGAACCUCGCUGCGAUUCCAGCUGGCCAGAGUGCUUGUUUUAUACCUGGGAAAUCUCUACAGCCUCAUUAUUGCCCUCCUUGAUAAGGUCAACAGUAUGAGCUCAGCUGUCCCAGUGAAUCCUGGUAACUGGUCCGACUCCAGCUCCUUCCUGGCCACCAUCUCUCAGCCGGAGGCAGACAGCCUCUCCACCCUGGUUUCUGACAUCUCUGCCUCUGAGCAUCGCAACAGCACCAUAGCGACCAUUGCCAUGGUGCUGGACGUAACGAACAGCGGCCGGAGCAGCUCAGGCACCAUCUCCAACCAGACAGCUCUGUUUGAGAAGAACACCCGUUCUCAGCAGGAACAAUGCUGGGAGACCUACGUUGGACAGCUUCAGAGCGAUGGUGUGGCGAGGAUGACAGAGGCUUUUGUAAAAGGUGGGAAGCAAGAUCCAGCCACACUUCCUCUGCUCAGGUCCGUCCUAGAUGCCGACUGGGCGAUGGUGCGGAUGCUGUUUCCACGGCGAACGGGAGACUGGAAGUUUGUGACGCUGCCGUUCCGUCGGGGCGACGGAGUAUGGAUGGAGGCCUCCUGGCCCCCACCAUUUCUUGGUGGUCCUAGCGGUACCUUCAGAUCCAAGUCCUACCACCACAUGGCAUACAAUCCCCCAGCUCGCUAUUCUGACAACAUCCACUCUGACCCCCUGUACAGGAAGACCAUACGCCCCAUACAUCCUGUUGAGGCUGCCGGGAUCAUUACCGCACAGAGUUAUGGAGGACGACGCGGUCCCACAACCCGCUACGUGAUUGUCAAUGAGCACGAGCCCAGGAAGAAACUGCUGCGCUCAGCUACACGAAUCCCACGCCAUUACCUCAUGGAGGAGUCUGCAGAGAUUCUGGAGCUGUACCCACGCAACAUCAAACGCUACACACCCCGCGCUGCCCACUACCACCCACAUCCUCACCGGCCCCACCCAUCACAACAGCAUCUGAGUGAAGAGGAAGAGGAGGAGGAGGAGGGAAAAUGCAGGAGAAGGAUGUCGUUGGGGAAGGCUCACCGGCCCCGUUCCCUCUCUGACCUCCACCAGCCGCCACACUUCUACAUCGGUGACCGUGUAGAGAGCCACAUGUCCAUGGCUAAAGACAGCCACGCUGCUCGAGGAAAAUAUGGAGCGCAAGAAGAGGACGAAGAAGAGGACGGUGAAGGAGAAAUGGACUGGGGAGAUUUAGAGUCACGUUCCGGGUUCCAGGCCAAUGUCAGAGCAGCGGACCCUCUUCUUGUGCGGACCAGGCGUCACAUCCAUUCCCCAGGAAGACACUAUCAGUCCCCGGCCAGGACCAGGCACGUGGAGUCUUACGUGAAGCCCAAGACGAGACCGAAGCUGGAGACCCCUCUGACUGAAUCCGACUCUGCCUCGCUGGCCUCAAGCAGUGACCAGCAGAACAGCAGCACUGACCAGUACAUCCAGGUCAUCCACAACAAGGAGCGCUAUCUCAAGUCUGAUGCCAAGCAAGGAAAGCUGGCCAAAAAGAAGUCCAAAACCAGCUUUGAUGUAAAUGUCACAGAGUCAAAUGACCUGGUCUCCUCCAAUGUAUGACACCUUUGAUAAAAUGAUGUAUUCUGUUAAAAUAUCGUAGAUAUAUAUGCUACUGGAAGUUAAAACGUUGAAUUGAAAGAACAGAGAGUAUAUCAUUAUAAAUGUUAUUUCUUUCUCUUAUGUGUGUGAUGUCAUUUUGAAACAGCAAUGUCAGCUAAUUAAAUUGGUUAUUGUAGCAAUAUGUGUAACAAUAAAAGCAAA